AUGGGACUACCAACUCUGUCGGAAUGUGAAGGGGUGUUGAAUGAGUCGGGCAGAUGUCAAUCCAAAUGUUGCCUCUCUGUUCAUCCUCUGGAAUUUCACGUCACAAAAACUCCUGCAAAAAUCCGUUCUUGGAUGUUUGGCAUGACAGAUACUGAAAUUGCUAGUGACUGGGGAAAAAAGGCAAAAGAAGCCACGGCAUCUAGGGAGACUUUGGACUCAGAAGACAGCUUCUUAGAACCGACAGCAGGUUGCUCACAUGGAACCGUCCUGCCAACGGCAGAAACGCAACCGGCUGGCGCCGGCAAUCCUCCAAGGCUUGCACGGCCCCCCGGCAAGAAAAAGUCUCAGGCUGAACCUAAGCCUCCAAAAUGGCCCCGUCUUGAUCGCCGGGAGGCAGAAAAGGCAGGGUGCCCCAUCCAGCUGGCUGAGGGCGACGCUGAUCGGCGGAGCUCCAUUUCGGCAGGAAACGCUGCAGCGGCAGAAUCUUUCCCGUGCAAACCCAAGGACGCGGUUGCCAUUCUUCCAGCAGGAGAAGAUCAUCUGGAACAAAGAGGCACCGCGCAGAGCUCCAGCCGAGAUGGGCCUGAGGAAACCUCACCAUCAUGGGAUCACAGCACUGGGAAAAAUGUGACUAGUUUUGUCACAUUUGCUCAUCGUGUUUGGACACUUUUUGCAACUGAAAGGAAGCCAGGCUGGAAGAAUCUCUUGCAUCUGUCUGCGAUCUGCUGCUCCGUUAGCUUCGUAUCUAAUGUGUUCCUGCUCCUUGCUGGGUAUUCCUUUCUGGUGGACUAUCCUCUCUAUUCCUUGGUCACGUCCACAUUCCUCUGGAUUAUCCUUUCUGUGGGUUUGUGCUCUUCUAGGCACCUCCGCUGCGGCGCUGCUCUCUUCUUCCUUUCCUUCGGGUUGCGCGAAGGAAGGAACGCCUUGAUUGCAGCUGGGACUGGUGUAGUGGUAGCUGGCAACCUGCAAAGUAUUUUUUACAAUUUAAAGCAGCUAGCAGAUAGCGUGACCUGUAUUCUGGAAUCCCAGCGUUUCCCCUUUCUCAACCACUACGUUGCAGCAAUUUGGUGGAUUUACAGUCAGCUCAAGCUUUUGGACAACCCGUUUAAAGAUAUUGUGUCAGUGGAUGGGAAGUUGCAUGUGUUUUACUCAGUUUCAGAUGAAGACUUGAAACUGAAGCUGAAGCACACAAGAUGGCACAUCCAGAACAUUACCAGCCAGAUCUCUUCUAUACUAGCCCUGCAGCCGUACGUGGGCAAGAAAGUGCUUCCCCUUCUGGGUAUUGUCUUCAUGGUUCUUGGGACAUACCUCUUCAUCCGAAAAUUCCUGAACCCCCUCAAUGUCAAAUUUAAGAAUACUUAUAUCACAAAAGAGUUUGUUCGAUAUAAUGAGCAACAGUGGCAGCAACGAAAGGCCUCUGUACUGCCCCUCAAUAAAGAAGAAAGAAAGGUCUACACGGUAGUCCCAUCUUUUUGCCAAACACCCAAGGAAAGGAAACAUACGGCACGCUUUUUUCUCCCUGUGCUUGCUAACCUUUGCAUUUGGACUCUCUUUGCAGCAGUAGAUUAUUUGCUUUACUGGCUGAUUUUUUCAGUGAGCAAGCAUCUGCAAGAUUUCCCUGAGCUAGAGGUCCAUUUGAAAUUGUAUUACCAUAAAAAUGCUGAUAAAUUUAUCUUCAACAAUGGGGAGAUCAUUAACAAUACGACUUCCUUUAAGAUUCCUCUCUUCAAGCAUGCCUGUAUUCCCAAACCAAAAUUUGCUCUUGCUACCACAUGGGUCCAACUAGCAGUCAUCGUCUUCUUUUUAGCAGUCCUUGGCUUGUUGGCCUCUACAUUUACACAGCUUAAAAUGCUCGUGACAACAUCAUUCUUUCCACAGACAGACAUGAAACGGAUAGAGUAUCUGCAUACAAAGUUAUUAAACCGAAGAUCAAAGCUUUCUGAGCGAAACAUGAAAAGGAAACUGAAUUCAUUUGCAACGCUACACUUCUGGUUCCCCAUCCUCCAGGCUACGAGAAAUGUCAGGAAAGAAGGCUCAAAGGAGACGGAAGACAGCUGUGUUUAACAACAGAAGGAAAAACUUUACAGAAAAUGACGAUUGUAUGAGUGGAGUGGUGGCCUUGUGCAUUCGAAUUUUUUAAAAUCAUUUAUUGCUUCCAGAGCAACUUUGAACUCAUACAACGUGUUACUUAACUUGCUGUAUUUUCCUGAUACUGUAAACAAUAUCUCUCUUCUUGUGCCUUCUCUAAGAAUUUUUAGGGGUCCUUCCGUUUUACUUUCUGCUGCUUCUCUCUCAUCUUUGCCACAGCUCUUUUGUGUGGGUGGAUAUUUUCUUUCCUGUGAUAUAUCUAUCAUCACCCAAGUGUCAUCAGUCCCUCCAGCCACCUUCCACUUGAUGUUUUACUUUUCAUAGAUGAAAGCACUUUAAGCUUUCAAUUCAACAUGAACUUUGCAAAUCUGAAAUGAAAGGUUUUAGUUCUACAGAGUCAAUUAGAGAGUUACUGGAGUCUUCUCUUAGGUUGCUUCUAGUGCUGCUGUGCCCUUAUUCCCCCCUCCUCCAUUUUGGUGAGCAAAUGUGACAUUGCUUAUAGGAAACCUUGGCUUGUCCCUUUGACUCACCCAUUCCACCCACACUCUGAAAUGCAGAACUUACUUUUUAAAAAGGCUGAGAAAUAAAAACAUCAACCUUCCUGUGGGAGAGAAAAACCCCCAAAGCAGAUCAGCAGCAGUUUGAAAAAUUAAUGAAGGGCUGUCCCAGUUUUCUUGGGAUGGCAAUCAAAACUGUCAGAGUCCAGGGCAUUUAUAUUCUGAAUGCAUGACUUAUAUGAAACAAAGUUGAAAAGUUGUGUAAGUGUGCAACAACGGCGACUGGUUUUGAUGUUUUCUUGUGUAAAGUUUUCCUGCAAUGCUACCAUGCAUGUGUGGCAGAGGAUAAGGGUUGGCAAAGAGAAGGUUGUACUUCCCAAGGAACUUGGGAGUAUGUUGGUGGGUGGGUGAGGGAUUGGCAAGGAGAAGUAUUUAUUUCCAGGCAUGUUGAGAGGACAGCUGUUGUAAGAACAUGUCAAAGUUGAGUGGGUGAUCAUAUGUGUGGCCUAUGAGAGUUCACAGAUUCAAGCUGUAGUUAAAGGAUCAGGGCUGGGAACAUUGCUGGGAGCGCUGGACUCUAAUCUGGAGAACCAGGUUUGAUUCCCCACUCCUCCUCUUGAAGCCAGCUGGGUGACCUUGGGCUAGUCACGGCUCUCUGGAGCUCAGUCAGCCCCACCCACCUCACUGGGUGUUUUGUUGUGGGGAUAAUAAUGACAUACUUUGUAAACCGCUCUGAGUGGGUGUUAAGUUGUCCUGAAGGGCAGUAUAUAAAUCGAAUGUUAUUAUUUCUGCCAGACAGCUUUAUUUAUUAAUGUACUUAAUUUAUACCCUGUCUUUCUGCUCACUGGGCCCCCAAAUUGUGUUACCAUUGUUCUCCUCUCCUCCAUUUUAUCCUCUCAAUCCUAUGAAUUAGGUUAGGCUGAUUAUAUAUAACUGGCCAAGGUCACCCAGUGAGCUUCCAUGGCAAAGCUGGAAUUCAAAUCUGGGUCUACCAGAUCUUAGCUUGACACUCAUUCAUGAAGAGUUACAUUUGCAAUUUCCAUUAACCAAAACAGCCACAUUUCCUUCCAUUCCUGGCAUGAGGCCUGUACUUACAGCUUACUUGUUCCUUUGGCUGUGGCUGUUUCAAGCUGGAAGGCUCCUGCUACCCACACGCCUUACUGGAAGAGGGCUUUGCCCACUCUCCUGAAACAUGGGGCUGGUAUUACACUGUGGAACCAUGCUCAGAAAAAAAAAGAUGUCAAAGAGUCAUUACUGAGCGAGUAUCACUGCUCUAUCCGCUACAUCACUCUGUCUCUUUGCCCUGUAUUAUGUUAGAAAAUGGACUAUACAGCUCAGCAUCUUCAUGGUAAUCAGGGCAUGUAUUUCACCUGUCUUGGGGAGGGGAGGUGUAUGCAUAUAUGUGAGAUCCAUGUUGGAUAAGGUCCAAUGGUACAAUACCAAUUAUUCUAGC